CCGUCUCAGUCUCAUUCUGGCAGUCGCUCGCGAGGGAGCAGGGCGGCAGGAGCGCUGCUGGCGACGGGGGCCGCGGCGUCUGUUGGAUGGAGGGUCCCGUCCGCCUCGCCGGUUCUCUCGGGAAUGCGUCGGGGAGCGGAGGCUGCCGCCGAGUGGCACCCAGGGCUCUAUGGGCGCAGGAAGCGGCGCCUCUGCUGCUGCUGUUGAGCGGCUCCUCAGUGACUCAUAUUAGUCUGAAGUUUUUUGCCCCAGCCUUUCUAACCUGGCACUAUGCAUUCUGAUCCUGGAUCUUUACAAGAACUUCUUUUCCUUACUGUUUUCUUCUCAACUACAGGUUCAGACUUGAUUCCGUACUUUGUUUCUGAGCCCCUUUCUACUGUUCAGAAGCCUGGUGCAUCUGUAAAACUCCACUGUUCUGCUGAGCCCUCCACAGCUCAUGUGUCUUGGCUAUUCAAUGGAGAGAAAUUGCACAAGAAUGUGGAGCAAGUAGACACACAACCAGGAUUCCUGACAGUUUCCUCUCUUAGUCAGUCAAAUUCUGGUAUCUAUCAGUGCAUUGCAAAUAACAGCAUUGGUGCAAUUAUCAGCAGACCUGCAAGAGUGUCAAUAGCAUAUCUUGAUGAUUUUGAGACUUCAUGGAGAAAUACAAUUGCAGUAGAAGAAGGAAAUACCGCUUUAAUCAGUUGCAAAGUGCCAAAAAGUAACCCAGAGGCACAGGUUCGUUUCCGUGUACGUGGGAAAUGGCUAGAACAAUCAGCAGAAAAUUACAUAAUUCUCCCAUCUGGACAUUUGCAAAUUUUGAGAGUAUCUUUAGACGACAAAGGAUUAUAUAAAUGUGCUGCAUAUAACCCAAUAAUUGAUGACCUCAAAGUCGAACCUUCUGGACAUAAGCUUGUAAUCAGCAGCUCAUCCUUAGCAGACUUUGACAUCAUUCACCCCUCCGCUUCUCAGGCUUUGACAGUACUUCGGAAUAAUCCUCUGAUGCUGGAGUGUGUUGUUAGUGGGUUAUCUGCUCCUUAUGUCCACUGGUAUAAAGAUGGCAAAGAUGCACUUGGUAGAAGCAGAUGGAAAAUAUUUCACACUCAUCUUACAAUUGACUCAGUUGAUACAUCAGAUGCUGGAAAUUACUCCUGUGUGGUGGAUAACAAGUCUGGAGUUGUAAAACAUAUAAACUACAGUGUAAAUGUGUUUGAAUCUCCUUCAAUUUCAAAAGGAUUGCAGGAUCAGUUAGUGUCUCUGGGAAAAAAUGUGCAUCUUUCCUGUGAAAUAUAUGGAAACCCAGUACCUAACCUCACCUGGUACCAUAAUGCAGUUCCUGUCCAUCUAUCAUCAAGACACUUACUUUCAGGAAACAAACUAAGAAUUGUUGGUGUCACCAGAGAAGAUACAGGGUUGUAUCAAUGUUUAGUGAACAAUGGCAUUGGAUUUGCACACUCCACAAGAAGACUGCAUUCUCAAGAAGAUAGAGGUUCUAAGCCAGUUAUAACCUCACUGUCAACAAACAUCAGAGUGACAGAUGGUGACACAGUCGUGUUGUCAUGCAAUGCUACUGGACUGCCUGUUCCCAUAAUCCAUUGGUAUAAUAGCCAUGGGCUUAUUACCAGCCAUCCUUCACAGAUUCUUCAUUCAGAAUCACAGAGGUUAACCUUCCAAGCAAGAACUGGUAGCUCCAUUUCAGACAGAGCCUACUUCAUCGUGUCUAGUGGUGGAUCAAGUUCCCUCUAUGUCCAGCCAGUUACGUCAGAGCAUGCUGGGAAAUAUACAUGUGAAGCAACAAAUGAAUAUGGAUUUGCUCAUUCAAAGACUUCCCUUACAGUUGUUUCCUAUGAAACUAGUACAAAAACAGAAGCUAUUGCUCCUGUGGAGGUUGCCCAGAGUGAUGAAGGAGACGGCAAUCACUAUUCAGCAAUGGACCUUGAAAGCCCAUCUCCAGUCAAGAUUCCUAUAGAUGAAGUUGCUACAGAAAAAGCAUCCAAUGGGAUUUCCCCACCAGAAGCUCCAAUCAUUCUCAGUCCCCCACAGACACUUAAACCUGACCAGUACAACCUUGUAUGGCGACCUGGAAGGGAUGGUGGCCAACCAGUUAAUUUUUAUUUUGUGAAAUAUCGCAAGUUGGACGAUAAUUUCAAUAUUACCAAUUGGUAUACAAUUCGUGUACCUGGAAGUGAAAAUGAACUUUGUCUCUCAGAACUGGAACCUUCUAGUCUCUAUGAAGUCUUGAUGGUAGCCAGAAAUGUAGCUGGUGAAGGCCAGCCUUCCAUGCUUACUUUCCGCACUAGCAAAGAAAGAUCAUCAUCCUCAAAAAACACACAAGCUCCUGUUCAGCCAGUUAGCAUUCCUAAGCAUUCAGUUAUUCAAGAAGGUGCCAUCAACAACUUUGGUGUGAUUCUUCCAGAUUCGUCUCGACAUAGUGGAGUACCCGAAGCACCAGAUCGACCUACUAUCUCCACAGCAUCAGAGACGUCUGUUUAUGUGACUUGGAUCCCACGUGCAAAUGGUGGAUCACCCAUCACUGCCUUUAAAGUAGAAUAUAAACGCAUGAAUAGAAACAAUGAAUGGUUAAUUGCAGCUGAUAACAUCCCCCCUUCUAAACUUUCAGUGGAGGUUCGCAAUUUGGAUCCAGGAUCCUUAUACAAGUUUCGUGUGAUUGCUAUUAAUAAUUAUGGAGAGAGUCCACGAAGUUCUGCAUCUCGGCCUUAUCAAGUAGCUGGCUUCACCAACCGAUUUUCCAACCGUCCCAUCACCGGACCUCAUAUUGCUUAUACUGAGGCAGUCAGUGACACUCAGAUUAUGUUAAAGUGGACUUAUAUUACCUCAAGUAACAACAAUACACCCAUCCAAGGAUUUUAUAUCUAUUAUCGUCCAACCGAUAGUGACAAUGAUAGCGAUUACAAGCGGGAUGUUGUGGAAGGCACAAAGCAAUGGCACUUGAUCAGCCAUCUGCAACCUGAAACAUCAUAUGACAUUAAAAUGCAGUGCUAUAAUGAAGGAGGUGAAAGUGAUUAUAGCAAUGUGAUGAUAUGUGAGACCAAAGUGAAGCGUACUCCUGGUGCAUCAGAAUAUCCAGUGAAGGAUCUCAGCACACCACCUAAUUCUCCUGACCGUGGCGUUGGAAGCAAUGCUGGUCAACCAAAUGGCCCUGUCCGGAGCAGCGAUAUGUUGUACUUGAUUGUAGGCUGUGUCCUUGGAGUGAUGGUUCUUAUACUAAUAGUCUUCAUUGCCAUAUGUUUAUGGAAAAACUGCCAACAGAAUGUCAUGCAGAAAUACGACCCUCCUGGCUAUCUCUAUCAAAAUGCUGACAUCAACGGGCAAAUGGUUGAAUACACUACAUUACCAGGCACAAGUCGUAUAAAUGGUAGCAUACAUGGUGACUUUAUUAGUAAUGGAAACCACAGUAAUGGUUGCCAUCACCUUCAUCACAAGAUUCCUAAUGGAAUGAAUGGAAUCAUGAAUGGUGUCGUGAAUGGAGGAAAUGGUGUUUUUCCUGGACACACCAACUCCUUGUCCAGAACACACAUGGAAUACGAACACACGCACAACUUAGGAAAUGGUGGUGAAAUAUACACAGCAGUGCCUCAGACAGACCCUUCGGAGUGUGCCAACUGCCGGAACUGUCGGAACAAUAACAGGUGUUUCAGUAAAACCAGUGGCGGUUUUGGUAACAACACUGUACCUAUGAUGCCUAUCAUAGCACCUUAUCAGCAGGACAAUUUAGAAAUGAAACCGUUGAAUCAUGUUAUGGUUGCCAUGUGCUUAGCAUCCACAGUCCCUGGGUGCAAUAUUGAGACAGAAGAAGAAGGCAAGGAGAAAGUGGAGCCCCCAUCACCUCAGGAGUCUUGUUGCCAGGAAAAUGUGAAUCCACUUAAUACAGACUGUAGAGAAGAUAACAAUGCACAUUUGGAAACAUCCGCUCACAUGUUGAGCUGGAGGCCUCUUAUUCUUCAGCCUCUUUCUAAAGACUGCAAUGAAAAGACAGAAGGGACUUCAAACGGUGUUUCACUGGACAAUUUAGGGUGCCUUCAGCAUCUCCAAAUACAAGAGACCUGAGGAUGUGACUGAUGUUGCCCACUUAAAAGCCAGUAACUGCACAGCAGAGUCACUGAAAGGGACUGACAACAGGAUGUUAAUUAUAAGAAUAGCUAUUUAUUUUUUUAUAAUAGUGUCCCAUGAAUGUAUAUUUUUAAAAGUCUUAAUGCUUUUCAUAGUAUUUAUGCCUUGAGAAAUUCCUACUCACUUCCCCCGGGGUAAAACCAUUAUGAUUAUCUGAAGUUAUAUAGUAACUACAUGAAAGAUAUUUAAUAAGAGUAUUUCCAUUGCUGCCAUAUGAUUGAAAAAUUAAGUAAAUGUACUUAUUUGAGUAAUUUAUAUCCAGAUUGCUAUUAUGCUUACAUUUUGGGGACAUAUAAACAGGAUGGUGCAGAGCAAACGGAAGCAAAACGGUUCUAAAUAAUAACAGUUCAAAUAUUAACAAUAAUUACUGUUAAUUAAUAUUUGUGAAAUCGUUAGCAUCUAAAUUCUAAACAAUCUAAAAUGAAGGCAUUGAGCAUGCAAUGGAAGUAUCUCAAUCUUGCUUAUUAUGGUAAUUGAGUACUUCUCAAUAGUUAGAGAGUGAAACCUUUGCCAUUCUAGAUCCAGGUACAAAGAGAAACAAGGAUCAUUGGGAGAACCAUAGGUAACCCUUACAUUUGGAAAGUGGAGGCCCACGACUGUUCUGUACCAGUGCCCCUUGUUGCCAUUUGUUUAAGGUGCUGUGCAAAAAGCAGAAGGGAAGUAAAGGAAAAUUUGCCUGUGAGAUAAGAAAGCUGCCCAAAUGGUGUUGGAUUGGAAAGGACUUCUUCUCUAUAGUUCUCAGUGUCUUUUACUAAGAACUUUUUAAUAGAUAAACAUGUACAGUAAAUUUUUUUGGAAGGUUAGAGUUGAACAAAAGGGGUCAAAAUAGAAACGAUUCAGAAUAUGUGCAGAGAGUAAUCACAAGAAUUUUAAUAUCCUUUUUAUCUUGUUGCUUUCAGUGGAGUAAUAAUCAGAGCUGAGUUUGGAGAUGAUGCGCAUAUUGUUCCAACUGUUGGUAAUUGCGUCCAGGAAUGCAUUCUUAGAAAGCAAAGGAUGCAGACACAUCCUGUGUAUAAAAUCCUUGCAUAUUGUUCACCAGAGGUUGGUUGAGAAGUGAUGUUGUACCCUGCCUGUUUUGUAAAUACACUGGAGCAUGACACAAUCAACUCUAGAUGUUCAGGCAUCUGAUGAAAUAGAUUAGUAUUUCUUUAUGUUAGGUACAACUUUGAAAACUGAAUCCUUUUUUCUUGGUCCUUCCCAAGUUUACCAUGAUUAUACUGUAUUUUAAUACAUCAUGGAACUUGGAAAGUAGGGACAAAAGCAAGGGUACUGGGAUAGAGAUGUUGCAAAUGGGGUAACAACCCUGCUUCAUUGCUUUUCCCAUCUCUAUCAUGUGCUAUUAAAGUAUGGUGUUAAACGUGCUACUAAGUUAUGCAGUAGCUGCAUCUGUAGCUUUAAGAAAUCUGCCUGUUGACCUCAGAAAUAGCUGAGGUUGUGAUGUCUGUGUCACAAGGCUAGCUGCAUAUUUCCCUCCUCUCCCAAUUAUAAAUAAAACUUGUAAAAAUUUUCCAGGAAUCACAGGCACAUAAUUUUAAAUUUACAGUCGCCCCACGGCAAUACGGAUGUAAUUUCCUAGCUAGCUUGAGCCAGGAAUCCGAAACGCCCGAUUUGGGGAAGGGGUGGAAGAGUAGAGAAAAGGGCAAAGAUGUCGAAAGAGAAAUUGAAAGCUUAUUCCAAAAGAGAGGAGGAGAUGCCCCACAGGUGCAGUGCGUCUGAGUAAUGUGUGUGUGAGAGCGUGCUUGUGAGAGCGAGAGAGAGAAAUGGGCUUUGUAUUUUUAUAACUGUUGCAGCAAAUGUCAAAUACUGUGUAUGUAUAUAGUGUGUGAUUAUUUUAUAUAAUAUAUGAUGUGAUGGAUAUUAUAUAGUUUUAUAAAUAAGGCUUCCCAAUGAGACUUUGCUGUGAUCUGUGUUACUAUGCAAGGACACUUUUUCUGAUAGCAAGUUAGUAUAAAAUUUGACUUACGACUUUAGACUUCAAAGAAGUUAUAUUUCAGUAAUCCUGGAGAGGGGCUUAUAUUCCUGCAAAUUAGUUUGACCAGCUGGUUUGGACAUAAAAUAGAUACCUUUCCUGAAAGCAAGAAUAUCAGGAUACUUUUGAUGUAGGAAUUCAAGGAAUUCUGGCAUCACACAUCAGUCACAAAGAACGACUUUGUUUCAAGAGAGCCUAAAGUAACCAGGAUUUUUAGACUUUGUCUGAGAUGUCCCUGUUUGGAGGCUGUGAAAGAGUCCAGUCUGACAUAUUAGUAGAAUCUCAUCAAGGGCUGCUUUAUUUAUAUUGUAUGACACUGUUUUAAGUGUUCUCUCUUUUAUUGUAUUUUAUUUAUAAAAGUUAUAUAUUGCUUUCAUGUUACAGGAAGAUUCUGUGUUUUCCCUCCGGUCAUAGAUGCCUAUGAAUCUUAGAAAGCCUACAGAUAAUGUUGUUUGUCUGAUACAGGCGUUCAUUCACUUUCCACCCUCUAGGAAAUAGAAAAAUGGUCCUGAAUAUUGUACAAUAUUAUUUCAAGUUCUGUCAUUAUUGCCUUUACAAAAAUUUACUAAAUACAAUAAUGUUGUGGGCCUUUUAAAGGAUGCCAUGUUACUUUCAUUAAAUUUAAGGCAUCUUGUGCCUAAAGUCCUUAGAAUCUCAUCUUCCUAAUGUUUACCAGCCACUUUGGAAACAGGUCAGCAAGAAGUUAAUUGUUCCACUCUCAUUUAAUCUUAACCAUGAUUAAAUUUCACUUGAAUUUUCAUGUUUCUCGUGUGCAAAGUUCAGUCAGAAUAAAAUAUUACAACAAAGUAAGCCCUGCAUAUUUGUCAACAGUUUCACACCUGCCAACAUUUCACAUUUAGCAUUGUUGUUUGGCUUGACGUCAUUUCUAACUUAUGGCGAUUCCUUGGGGUUCCUUGGCAGAAUUUGUUCAGAGAGGGGGUUACCUCUGCCUUCUUCUGAGGCUGAGAGACUGUGACCUGCCCAAGGAUCCUCCACUGGGUCUCCAUAACUGAGCAGGGAUUAGAGUCCAGUGUUCAAACUACUACACCACAGUGUUAUGUUUUCAUAAAAUGGAAUCACAAAUGAUGUUAAUAGCAUACAGUUAAGGGUGCGAAACACUUUUAAUUUCAGUACUUUUGCCCAAUAUCAGUCUAUCCUCCUUUUGUUCAUAGCUUGGCUUUUGACAUCAGACAUACUUUUAAUCCACACUGCAAAAAUAAUCCAGUUUGAGACUGCUUUAACUGACCAGGCUCAAUGCUAUGGAAUUCUGGGAACUGUAGUUUCAUGAGGCAUUUAGCCUACUGUUACAGAGAUAGCUCGGGUGCCACAAGAAACUGGGAUUCCCUAGCACCGAGCCAGGCCCUUUAAUGCAGUCUCAAACUGGAUUAUUUUUGCAGUGUGUUUUGGACCAAGGAUAUGGUUAGCUAUUGUACAAAACCAAAAGCUCGAUUAUUUCUGCAGUGUGUUUUGGAUCCUUGUUAUAGAUGCAGCUUGCUGUUUGGUUUAAAGAGUCGCCAACAAAAUUACUCUUAAUUCUUACACUAAACAUCUAAAUUUACAAGUGUGCCCUAUUGAAAUAUGUGUGGGGUUUGGUGCCAAUGCCUGUAUCUUCUUGAGAUUCUAACAGAUUUUUUGUCUUGAACAACUUUUUAAAUUGGACAGCUUUGGAGUCUUAGGUUUCAAGAUCUUGUCCUCCAGUCUUUGAAAAGUAUCUUUGGCUAAAUAAAGUAUUGCUGUUUCAGCAACAAGUGUUCUUAUAUUUGUACUUUGUUUUCAAAUAAAUAAUUUAAAGGUGCAUGUCUUUUGUAUCAUAUAGAAAAAUAUGCUAUAUUUUCCUUUCAGAGUUGUUAUAUUCUGUUUUAAAUUUGUACAUAUGUUUAAAUGAUGUAGUUUUGGGCAGGAUUUUUCUUGUGUUUUUAAUAUUAAAGAAAACGUGCUGCUUU